UAUAUUUAAUAUUAAAAUUAUAUAUAUUUUAUAAACCAACAAACCGCGCGUAGCGCGGUAAAAUAUCUAGUAUAUAUAAUGACAAUACAAUAUGUUUAAUUAGAAAGCAACUAUUUAUUUCGGAUAAAGCCCGAUUAAAAUCGGUUAAAUGUUUUUUUUUAAUUUCAUUUGAGCCGAAGGAGUAUCAAUCGUAAAUUUCCGGUAUUAUUAUCGUUAGAAGACAAUAAAAAUCCUAAAAUUUGAACCAAAUUUUUGUGAUACACAAUUUUAGAAUCAAGCUCUUUUGGUAAGUUUAAAUUAAUUAUUUUCAUACCAGACUGUUUAAAUAAAAUAAAAAAACUUUCCACCAAGUUAAUACUUCCACCAAAUUUUUAAGCUUGGUACAGAAUUUUGAAGAAGUUCUAUAUGGUAAGAAUAUAAUAAUAUACUUUGUCACCAAGUCUAUAAUUUUGACCAUUGAAAACAACUUGCCAAAUAUGUUUGUGUUAGUUAUUGAAAAAUUAUAUAAAUAUUGGUUCAAUAUAUCACGCUAAAAUAUGGUUUCUAGAUAAUUAAUGCUAAUUAUUUUAACUUUCCAAAUAAUCUGAAAACCUACUUAUACCUGCUAUAUAUAUAUACGGUUGAGUUUUCCCUUAGAAAUACCGUCAAACUUUUUCACAACUCUUAGGGGGUGUAUUCAACUGAGAGUUUUAGGUGAUUUGUGUUAAAAUGACAAAUCCACUGUUAUUGAAAAGUGAAUUUAACUCAUUUAAAAUCCACUGUUAUUGAACUUGACAUUUUAUAAAGUACUCUGAAAUCCACUGUUAUUGAAAAUAUUUUAAUUUGUGGAAUUUUAAAGUUUUCAAGUGAUUUAAGAGUGUUUGGGUGGAGUUUCUUAGUUAAAAAAAUUAAAACUCAAAUCACAUAGUUUUAGGUGAUAUUCUAGAGUGGUUUAACAAAAAUUAUUUUAUUCUCUGCAAUUCCUUAAAAUCAUCUAACACCUAUUUAGAAAUCAAAUCACCUCAAAUUUUAGAUUGAAUACACCCCCCCCCCCCCCUUAAUUUAUGAUUAUAGGAGUAUCAAUGAUAUCACAUUUUAAUUGUUUGAUUUGGGCUUCUAUAUUUUUUCUAUGUAUACCAAAUAUUUAUAGUUAGUUAAUUAUUCUGUAUUGAAAAAACGUAAAUACCAAAUAUAUUUUGACCACAAGAACACAUGUAUUCAAAAAUUAUCAUAUUUUACAAUAUGAAAACAAAAGUUUUUUAAUAAAUAUUUCACCUCUUAUAUCCUAGUUUAUUACUACUUCUGCUAGCAAUCGAGGCAAUGUUUAAAAAAAAAAUCUAUUUCAGAAUGGAUAGUUCAUAUAAUUUAAAAUAUUCUAAGAAACUGUAAAAAUGUACAUUUUUAAUAGUUUCACUAAUAACAGUCCUAUUGAGCAAACAAAAUACUCAAAUGAACCAAUUUAAAGUUUUAAACUUUUACAAAUAUAUAAGAAAAGAAAGAAAAAACAGAAAAAUUAACCAAUCAGAAUUUUCGAAUGUUGAGUUUGUAUUUAACCAAAUUUCAUUGAAUUUAUAUUCAAGUUAUAAAUUAAAUUUUUUAUGCAAUUGGCCCUAAAUAAAACCUACCUUUUCUCACCAAAGACUCGCUCAAAUUGUGACACGCACCUUACCUUUCUCCUCGUUUCUCUCUUCCCCACUGAUAUUACCCUUUCCACACGCAACCUCAGAACAAACCCUUUUUCUUUUUCCUCAAGAAUCUUUGAAACAAGCCACAGUAUUUUCUUUUCACUCCAGGGUCUUCAAAAUGUCUACUAUAUCCACGACCGAAACAAAUGAAUUCAAACCAGUCCACACCCUCGUUUCCACGCCGGUCACCAUAGUUUUGACCGGUGGUCUUCUCUUCAUCAUUCUCACCGGCUUCUUCUCCUUCUUCUACUGUGGAUCGUUUCUCCAAAAACUCUUAACCAGUUGGAACCUCCAUCGAAACCGUAACCGUCCCAGCAACCUAAUACAACCUUCAAGUCCACCUGAAAACACCGGACUCAACUCCAAGAUCAUCCAAUCUUUCCCUGAGUUUCCUUACUCGGUGAAAGAUCGUGGGAUGGACCAAUGUUCCAUUUGUUUAUUAGAAUUUAUGGAUGAUGAUACCAUGAGGCUCAUUUCAACUUGUAACCACGUCUUUCACACCAUCUGCAUUGAUCUUUGGUUUGAAUCACACAAGACCUGCCCGGUAUGCCGACGUGAACUUGAUGUAGACCGGACCUCGCUGGAAAAGCCACCCAAUGUUCCUGAAAUCGACCUGGUUAGAUCUGAAAACCAUGAGGAAGCUUUGUCCCGCGACACAUUGACAAUCAUCGUCCAUGAGGAGCAUCCUACCAUUGGUAGUUUAGAUCAAACAGACGAAAUCGAAAGCUAUGAAAGACGAAUGAAGGAGUCGAAUUUGCGGUUCUGGAGGUCACAUUCUACUGGACAUUCUAUUGUUGUUAAGACCGAAAACGACCAAGAAGCAGAAGAACAAGAAAAAGAAGAGUUUAAGAUACAUAUUGAGAUAUCUGGAGAAUGUCAAUUUGAAGAUCACAAGAGGACAUUACCAAACAGGAAUAUGUAUUGCGUUAGGGGAACUUAGUUGGAUAAAGCUUAAGAAUCUGAACUGGGGGGUUAGGCUAAUAUAUAUAUUAUCAUCAUCUAUAGGAUCCAACUUUAUUAGUUGGUUUAAAGGUCCAAAUUUUGUAAUUUCUUUAUACCAUAGGUUUAUACAAUUAGAAGAUGUUGAAGAUUGUAGUAAUGUAUGUACUCAAAUUCUCAUUCUUCCAUGUGUACUUUUGAAUACAAACAAGAGAUGUUUUUGAUAGAAACUGUCAUUGUUGCCGUUUGGUUUUCAUAUUAUAGAGAUAAGGACAUAACUUGUAGAUAAAGAUAACUAUGUAUUGUAGUUAUCUAAUCCCCUAAGGGUUUGGAGAUCCUUCUUGUAUAUAUACACUAUGACAUACAUCAAUAUACACAAGAAAUUACAUUCUAUUUUAUGGUAUCAGAGCUAAGGCACGAUCCUUGACCUUUUUUUCUCUGCUUCCGCUUACAUAUUUCUUUUCUACUACAUCAAAUCGUGUUGAUCGUACUUCAUGUCGUCAACAACGAGUUUGUCUACUUCUACUUCUUCUACUACGGAGAGCUCUGCUUCAAACUCUCCUUACAACCUUCAUCCCUCUGAUAAUCCUGGUGCCCUAAUUACACCAGUACUUCUCCGAGGAGAUAACUACUCCGAGUGGGCAGUAGAGCUGUGGAACUCUCUACAGGCUAAACAAAAGAUCGGAUUUCUCGAUGGCUCAGUACUUAAACCUACCACCAAUCCCGAUCUUGCCCGCUGGACCUCUACUAAUUCUAUGAUAGUAGGCUGGAUUCGAACGUCUAUCGAUGCUCAAGUUCGUUCAACCGUGACUCAUGUUGCAGAUGCUUCGAAACUGUGUGAAUCUCUAAAACAACGUUUCUCAGUCAAGAAUGCCGUACGCAAGCAUCUUCUUCAAGACGAAAUCACUAAUUGUAAACAGAAUGGCCAGUCUGUUCUGGUGUAUUAUGGCCGUCUUUCCAAGUUAUGGGAAGAAAUUCAAAACUUCAAACCCGUUGUGUCUUGUACAUGCACUGCUUCUGCUGAACUUGAGAAGGAGCGAGAGGACGCUAAAAUUCACAAGUUUCUCUUUGGUCUCGAUGAAGUGAGGUUCAAUACCAUUCGAUCUCAAAUCAUUGACGAGGACCCUCUUCCAGAAUUAAACACCGUUUAUUCAAGAGUCAUUCGAGCUGAGCUGCACAUCAACAACAUGCGCACUGCAGAUACAAAACAGGACGCAGUUGGCUUCUCAAUCAAAUCAGAUAUCACUGCCUCAGCUGUUGCGACUCGAAGUCGUGAUCCUGCUCGAUCUUGUACUCACUGUAAACGUACAGGACAUGAAGCCUCCGAAUGUUUUCUUCUACAUGGCUACCCGGAAUGGUUUCUCGAACAACAACAACGCAAUUCUUCACGCAACUUCUCUGGAAACAGAGGACGUGGAGGACGUUCAUCCAGCUCCAGUGGACGUGGACGUGGACGUUUGAAUGCUGCCUCCGCUUCUGUUAGUGCUCCAUCAUCUACCUCUACAACCGAUCAAAUUUCAGCUCUCAUCACCUUGCUUCAGUCACAACAAUCUCAACUCUCAACUGAUCGCUUGUCUGGUAAAACUGAUCUUUCUGAUGUUAUUAUCGAUACUGGUGCCUCUCACCAUAUGACAGGCGACUUGUCUCUCUUACAAGAUGCAGUAGAUAUUAUACCGUCUGCAGUUACUUUCUCGGACGGCACUGCUUCGCGCGCUACAAAACUUGGCCGCAUAUCUCUUACUAAAGAUUACAUACUUGUUAAUGUGCUUUAUGUACCAAACUUCAAUUGCACAUUGAUCUCAGUAUCAAGACUACUCAAGCAAACCAGUUGUAUUGCUAUAUUUACUGACACUCUUUGUGUUUUACAGGACCGUUUUACGAGGACCCUGAUUGGAGCCGGUGAAGAAAGAGAUGGGGUGUACUACUUCAAGGGUGUCAAAGUUGCUCGUUCACAUCAGACUUAUGCGAAAACUAUUUCUCCUACAGUCCUCUGACAUCGACGUCUUGGUCACCCUUCCUACAAAGUGCUUUCUACAUUACCUGUGUUUUCUGAUUUAAAAGUCGAUUUUAAGGAUUCUCACUCAUGUGAUAUUUGUUUUCGUGCCAAGCAAACACGUUCAGUCUUUCAUGAUAGUUUUAAUAAAGCUUUGGAACCUUUUUCAUUAAUUCA